AUGAUGAGAUACCUAAAAGGUCACAGCUGGGGUGCCAGGACUGAGUGCCUGCUAACUUUCUACAAAUCCUUUGUAAGGGGCAAAAAAGACUAUGCCAGCAUAGUCUAUGACUCGGCCUCAAACUACACAAAAAAAAACCUUGACAAAAUACAGAACCAGGCCCUUAACAUAAUUACCGGUUGCAAUAGUAGUACCUCCAAAGAAGCCCUAGAGGUCCUCCUGGGAGUAAUCCCCCUCUCACUCCGCAGGAAGGAACUCAGGCUAAACUACUGGGCCAAAAUAAAUAAAAAAGAGGACCCAGUAAUGGCCCGUAUUGAGGCUUCAAAUGAGAUAGAAAGGGUAACAGCAAAUAGCCUAACCAUCUACACAGACGGCUCAAAAAUAAACGAGAAAGUUGGAGCAGGGUUCCUCAUUCCCCACCUCAACCACUCUAAAAGCUUUAGGUUGACAGACGGCGCCUCCAUUUUCACUGCCGAACUAACGGCCAUCCUUAUGGCCCUCGAGUACACCCCAACAACCCCACACACCAGCAUCAGCAUAUUAUCAGACUCCCUGUCAGCAUUACAGGCCAUAAAAGGGGGAGAAUGCUGCAGGGAAGACAUUGUAGAAGAAAUUCUUCAAAAAUGCUCCGAGUUGAAACAAAGGGGACGCUCGGUCCAAAUGAUCUGGAUUCCCUCCCAUAUCGGCAUACAAGGUAACGAGAAUGCCGACAAAGCUGCUAAAAAGGGAGUGGAAUCCAGUGCAAUUGUGAAAACGGGAAUAGGCUACUCCGAAAUGAAGGCUACUAUAAAGAAACAAAUAAAAGAAGAAUGGAUACAAAAAUGGAAUGCAAGCAACAAGGGUAGGCACGCCCACAACAUACUACGUCCACCCGAUGAGAGACUGCAGGUUACAGCAGACCAAAGGCCACCCAUUAAUAAAAAAAAUUACAAGGCUGCGUCUAGGUUCAACCUCCUUCAUUCACACAAAGAAAUGGUGCCACACCUGCAAUGA